CUCCUCGAUUGUCUUUGCAGCGGACAAAAGCAAAGGACUAAGUCUGUGAAAAGGAACGAUGGAGAAAGAUCCGUGGUGUGGCCCACAAACGCGGGGCUACUCAUCCGAUGUGAUGCCAGACUUGCCACCUCGAAACUGGGCAACGUGUAGAACCAGCCUUCCAGCCACGCUGGAUAAAGCCCAGCGUUUGCCGCACGCGCAUCAGCGAUCUCACAGUCACACCUAUUCGUCGGGAGACUGUGCACCCCAUGGCCCUGCACUGCCGCACAACAUUGCAUUUGCCGUGGUCGAGACGGACACUAGUAGUAGUACUAAGUCCGCGGGCGACGUGGGCUACUCCAAGAUCGGGCCAGCCUCCACCAGGGUCAAGGAGCGCGUUGACUACAUGACAGUUCAGCAAAUCUCAGCAGGAGACGAACGGCGAUGCCUCCCGGACGAAUCAAAGCGAAUACGAACUGGCAUCAAUGUACGGGAAACAGCUAGAUUGUUUGACAGCACCAGCUCCAAUUCGCAGGCCCCUUGCAUCCCUCGGCCACCCGUGCCGCGAAGGUGGCGAGCAGAGGCAGUGAAGCGAGCCAACACGGUUCCCGGUUCUUCUCAGUUUGUGCAGCCGCCGCCGCCAACUCCGAACAAUGGCCUGCAAAGUCAGGAGGGCGUCUAUUCGCAAGCCAAUACGGUGCUGCACGUGCGUUCCUUAUCGGAACAUUAUGACAGGGUCAUUCCGCGCAGAAAAGAGAUAUCGAGUUGUGCGUCGGGUGUUGGUCAAAGUCAAGGAGCAUAUCUACAAGGAUCGAGUCACCCGGUAGCAGAGCCAACAGAGUUCCCAUUCUCCAGCCCAGUAAGUCCGAAGAAGUCACCCUUGCCCAACUCAGUGCAAAGAGUUCCUGGAAUACGCUCUGCUCCGUCUUCUCCCAAGCUGGUGAGAAAAAACCGUCUGCCAAAGCAGGAGGAUCACCACUCUAUCCCAGUUAUCAAGAUGUCCGUCUUCCCUGAGAAUGCAACGGAUUUGCCAAAACAAACGGUGGCAGAUGAAGAACAGAAGCGCAUGAAGGUUCAAGCGAGUCAGCGCGAACUCCUACGGCCUCUCAACAUCCUCAUUAACGAUGUGUCCGCCAGCACCAGCAAGCAAACCAACCUGUUUCCAUCCAUCUUCCACCUGAAAAGCUUUGCAUACCGCCUAGGCCUGUCAGGCAGGCUGGUCGAGGAUCUCAUCGGCAAUGAAGUUCCGGAGAAGGAGAAGGAGAAGGGCGCCUUCUACGCCAGCAAGAUGCACAAGGUGAUGAUCGCCUGGAAGAACCGGUGCCAGCUGCAGGGAGAAUGUGACUUGGAAGUCGCACUGUUCCAGCACUUGGGUGAUAGUGGGCUGUCUUCACUUGUCAGCAUUGAUGACACUCAACCCGGCCAUUCCAAGAAGGUGGGACCAUACACAAGUCGAACACUGAUCACGUCUCCGCUUCUCAGGGAGAGCCGUCCCAAAGCGCCGUCGCCAGCCUCAGAGGAUUCGGGCUUCAUGAGCGGGAACUCUACGAAAUCAAUCACAUCCCGCCCGAGUCUAUCGUCAAUCGAACUGGGCUUCAGAGGUAUGACGACGCUCGUGGCGGCCACGUCGUUUGACUCUGGUAUUUCUGGAAUAUCACCGUCAUCGACAAGCUCCGACUUUGAAGCCAUUCUAGCUGGCCAACUCAAGGAAAGGGAAAACUUGGACACUGCCUUUUCUCGCUCCAUAUCUCACCCGUCCUUUGACAGCCAGAACGAGGAACCACUGGAUACCGGCCCAGCGUUCCAAUAUUUCUCGCAGACCAUCGACCUCUCCAGCCAACAGUUGACAAAUGAGCAGUUCCAGGCCGUCGUUCCUGACUGUCUGAAUAAUACGAACGUCACCAGGGUGACCCUGAAUGGGAAUCGUAUCACCAGCAGUGCCUCGGUCUGUGCGCUAUCCGAUGUUCUGCUCAAAUCGUCAUCCACCCUGACCUACGUGGACUUAUCGGACAACCAGUUUGGCGAUGAGGGACUACGCUGCCUGCUUCCGGCCUUCAGCAAAUGCACACUGCUUGAGACAGUCAUGCUCAGAAACUGCAAGUUGUCGUCGAACGCUCUGCCUUGCCUCAGCAAUAUUUCGGUCCUGUGGCCACGAGUCCAAGAGCUGGAUAUUGGCCUGAAUGACUUCUCCGUUGUGCGCGAUAACACCAGGCUGACAUGGCUAUCACUGGCCCAUCGCAUUAGGAAGCUCAAUGUCGCCGAUGCUGGCGUGCCAGAUGAAGAUAUGAAUGUCAUCAACUCAGAACUGAAAGGUCACCAAAGCGGUAUCACCGGCGGCAAGCGAUCUCUGCCUCACUAUGUCCGUGACCUGCUCACCAAUGGUAUCUACAUCGGGUCAGAGGGCGGCCAGCUCCGGCACGGGCCUGUUCUGCUGGAAUUUCCGCAGGACUGUGUGAGCGAGCCGCGAUGGGUGAAGUGGCCACGGCUAACAUUCUACGGCCGCAACCUCUCCUUCCAGGGACAGGAAGUCAUCAUGGGACCGACUAUUGAGCUCGGCCCGUCCCAGGAAUUCGACAGGCCAGUCUCCAUCAAAGUGAACGAUUCCAGGAUGAAUGGCAACCAAGAGUCAAUAGCAUUGUUCAGGUCAACAUGCCUGGAUCUGUAUGAUGACAUAUCGUGUGACGUAGAGUUGAACGUGGAGGAAGCCUUCCUGAAAUUCUCUACCCUGCAUUUCAGCGAGUUCAGAUGCGGGUUCUGCGAAAAGUCGAACACUGCCGGUGAGGGUUCCGUUCGAGAGAGGCUGAAGCAGCUGACGUCUGAGGAUCUCACCAUUCUACUGAACGACUUUGACCGCAAGCAGGUGCUGGUGUUCACGGCGGAGUACCUUGAGUUUGAGGAGAACUUUCAGGUCUGCCUGAAGCUACGCACGGUACCUAUAGCCUACAGGGAGCACGAGGAGAGCGAGAAGUGCUUCAAGCCUAACAGUGGCUUCCUGUGGACGGGAGCGCCGUACGGUCGUUACCCCGUCUUGGACCCGGUGCAGUACAACUUCCACGUCCUGCUGAAGCCCAGCUCGGCAGAUGUAAGGAUCACCGAUUCCGUGAGCACCAUGGUGCGCAACGAACCCCUGGAGGUGACCAGCAACUUUGUCGUGAGAAGGCCAGCCAGUGGUCGACUUCAGGGCCGCGCCGUGUGCCACUUCACAAAGAAGGACAGUCCGGACGGAAUGGAGGACUCGGUUCUAUUCUAUGUCGACAUUCCCGCUAAAGGUGGCAACCGGCAUCGGGCACUAUUUAUCGACUCAACCGGGCAGUGCGAUUUCAGGGACGUUCCAAUCGAAAAGCCGGCGAUUGAGGCUGAUGGUGGUGUCACUCAGCAACUGAGUGGAGAUAGCUAUGAAGGGCAUGAGAACCCAUGGACCAAUCCGCGCUUUGAUCGCGAGUUUUACAAGAAGCUUCUUCAGAUCAACCCCACGUUGUUCCGCAUUGAAGCCAUCACAGCCGGUCUGCUAACUGACCAAAUGAGCCGAAUGCUACUGGCAUCGCAGAACAGUGACCCGUUUGCUCACAACAUCAUGCUCCUGGACUUCAUCAAGCCAAACGGGAUCACAUCCUUCCGCCAGCUGCUGUCGGUUGUCAAGGAGAUGAACUAUGAACCGCUGUGGACCGGUCUGAAUGGUCUUCUACCGACAAGCGCUCCAGCAUCCAGUAGGGCAGUAGCAGCAGCAGCAGCAGCACCUGCCUCUGCAAACAGCAGGUCUGCGUUUCCUGGUGUACCCGACAUCUAUGUCCAGAGCCGGGAUUCAUCGCCCAGUCCACUUCCAUUGUGCCCUGCAUAGGUUGCUUGACGACCAUAGUGAUCACCUUCUGGCAGUCCAGCUCAAACCUUGGUGACGCCCUGCUCUUGGUCCGCAAGUCAAGCACAUCAUGCCAUGCACUUGUGUGCUUUCACGAGAGCUCUCUACUGCCUGGCAGACGACACUUUCCCAGCACUGGCACUGCAAUGCAACGGUGCGGUUCCUGUUUGAAGUGGCAUGGCCCUUUGGCAGAGAUACUUUCGAAUAGUGUAACUAGCUGCAGGGUAUAAUGACACGCCAGCAGAUGGUAACGACCUCCUUUGAUGAGCAAGACAAUGAUUUAGUAAUAUUCGUAAGUGGCGAGAGUUGACAAGGGGACAAGUCUGAGAAAACCAUGGCCUGUCACCAGCAGGACUUGGACCAUGGGCAUGUACUAUAGACCAGCAAUGCCUUACCAUCAAGCCGCUGUGUAGAUAUCAGUGAUUUCAGUGACACUGCAUUUAUUAGUAGCCCGAACGUGCAGGAUCCUACUACAGUACAACCUCUCAAGGCGACCGCUUGGACAAUGCGACCACCUGUCCUAGACGACCACUAAAGCCAGGAUCAAAGGAUACUAUUUCCAUGCAGUCAAAUGACCCUUGAUAUGGAGACCACCUGGUAACAGAGACCACAUUUUGAAGGUCCCUUGAGCGGUCGUCUUAGACACCUUUCACUGUACUUAUAAUAUGUUUCAUGCAUUCUCCUCAGAAAGGGUAGGUUUCAUGCAUUAUUCUUGAUCAUGGAACAUAUUACCACUUGAUUUUAGCCAAUAACGUUAGAUGAUCACGCUUGAGUUAGCUUUCUUAAUAUGCUGGAGGCGAAGAAAAAGCUGUAUCCAUCCUAUCGAUCUUCUCGCUACCCAGCUAUAUUAGCACAAUCUGUACUGCUGAACCACAGAUUUUCUUUGCAGCAUGUCUGUGCUCAAACUAGUCUGAUCAAGUGAUCAUGUUGGUUGCGUGAAGCGGUAGUCAUGCAGGAUACUACAUUGCUCUUUCUCUGUAUUGAUUUUAUGUUCGCCAGUGCAGCUUAUCUUGCUCUCCGGAAGCAGUAUUUUGUAAAUUGAUAAUAUCAAAAUUAAUUAUACUUCAAGGAAGUAGAGAUAAGCUUCUCUAAAUGAUUGCAUUUGCGCUGGUUAAAAGACACCAGCAUCAGCCUGUGCAUUGAGAAUACUCAUUUACGUUGCCAUCUGCAGCACUCAUUGUUAUCCGUGUGCGCGUGCAUUCUUGAAACAUGUUGAAGUUUCGUUUGCAUCACAUCAACAACAUGCCUAUGUUCCUACCAACGAACUUGUAAUGAUACGUUUA